GUUUUGGGAGACAGGGCUCCUGCAGCCUGGCGAUAGUCCCUUUUUUUGGUCCACAGAGCGGGGAUCCCUGCUCGGCCGCAAGCGUGUUAGCAUUGCCAGCCUGUCACCUCCCAUCAAUUGCUUCAACGCCGUCCGUCACAGUCAGUCACGACCGAAUCUGUUUGACCGAGUCGACGAUGAAGGCAACACCUCGUGUCGGCCACCAUGCUGUCUGUGGCCCAAUCCGCCGGCUCAUACUGGCCCCGCCCGGUUCUGGCUCUGUCUGAGUUGUGGUACCGUUGAUGGUUCGGCGAGGCAGCACACUACCGGCCUCGUUCCAACGUUACCUUUGAUCCUCCUCAUCACAUUGCCUUCUGGGAAACCAGCAUCGAACACGAUGGGCUUCUCGGGUCGAACGCCUCACAGACUCAACCGGGCCGAAUGUCCAAAAUAAGAACGAGCUUUCUGAGAGGCACCGAACACUGUUCGGGCCUUGGUUGAACUGAAUACUUAGGCUGGCUAGUUGAGCCUCUCAAGCUUCGCAACCUCGGUACUCGCUCAGCCCAUGCACUGCCCGUACCUGCAGCGCUCUUCGACGUCGCACAGGGUUGUUGGCUUACCGAGCACCUCAUCUCAACGAAGAGUCCCGCAACGACCUCUGCGUCCCAGUGGGAGCAACGCUUAUUGUCACUUCCGCUCCAGGUACUGUCGACUUUUCUGAUUUAUCGCCGUGUUCAGUGCCCCCCAGUCAACCAAGGGCCAUUUCUUCGGGCAUGCAACGAGCGCAGGCAAUGCUUACAAAACCAGAAGCAUCUUCCAACACACGCGGGCUGUGCUUUUAUGGGCAGGCCUCACCUUGAAGCUGCAUUGAUUACCACAGAAGAGAGUCCAGGGGAAUUCGCCCCCACAGCCAACUUGUUCAUGCCGGAGCCUGGACCUCAACGGGCUGAUUGCGAGUACGGACAAAAUCCUUUGUCCUCCUCGGCAAAAGCAUCAUGUGUGUGCCUCGCACCUGUUGAGGUAUUGCUACUGUGGACGGGUGUUGCAACUGCCGCCAGGCAACAGGGUAUGGAUCUGAGAAGUUGAGCCCAAGUCGCCUUAUUGGGUACACCAGGGUGAUCGUGACGAUCAGUCGACUCUUCGGCGUUGCGAACUCGCCGUGGGCGUUUUCCCUCGCCUCUCAACAAUGCUUCCUUAGGGAAGAGACUAUCCCGGUCUACACACAUCUGUCGCCAAAGAGCUUCACUGCACAAGUGAGACAAAAGGCGUCGGAAGCAAAACCGAGUCAAUCGCAAUGGUCAACACAUGUGACCAUGUGGAUGCAGGAAUUUUCCAGGAGCCAUCUGCGAGACAGACUUUUGUCUGAAUCCGCAAGUCUGCCAGAUCAAACUACCCAUGCGGUCUUAGUUGGUGCUCAAAACCUCGACUGAUGAGCUGUUCAUCUGCAAGAAUCAUUCAGAACACUUAUUUUGGAGAAAGUUGACUGAGAGCUGGAUACGAAGCGCAUUAUGAAAGUUUUCCUCUGCAACAAUCUUUUUUUUUUGGCGAUUCCAUCUUGAACCAGCCUGCGGCAAGCAGGGCACGACGAUAAUCAAGGCGAAGUCUGGAAGCUUUCCGGCCAUUGCUGCCGAUCCAUGACCCCGUGAGAGGUCUUGCGGUGGUACCGAACCCAGGGUGGUCUUGACACCGAAUAACAUUACUUGUCAUUUCUCAAUCAAUCCACAGCAGACUCCCAUCGCCUUCGUCGAAUAAUCACCCAAAGUCCUAGGUCUAGGAUAGCCGUUCCCAUGAGGAUGCCUUCACGGUUCCCUUUGAAGCUUGGUGUCCUUGUCUGCUCCAAAGGAAAGAGCUCAUCCUCCAUGACCACGGAUCAACCUCCACCUGGAGCCUGUAAUUGCUGACACCUUCGGAAAUCCGUUCAUUGCAGGCUUCUGAUCCUGCUCUGCACACCAUUCUGACAGCCACAAACUCGACUACGGACUGAUAUCAAAUUGCUACAUCACCAGCAGACAUUGAGCCAGCUGGAUCAGGGACCGAGACCGCCAAACCUCCUGGAGCUGGGAGGACCAGUUCCCAAUUUCUCACCGAGACCAGGAAACUUUUUCUUCCCUUCUUUCAGCGCCUGCUUGGCCGAAACAAGGCUCGUGCGAGUCUUCUUCACGCUCGUCUUGGCCGCCUCUUUCGAGUCAAGUCUGGUUCGAAGUCCUGAAUGCGGUGUGCCAACGUUGAAGGAACGGGGCUUAGGAAUCCGUCGUUGCCUCCAGGCUUCUGGCCAUGCCGGCAUGACAUCGGGCUCAUGGCUUUCGUCUUGCCUAGUCUGUGUCCUUUUUCGCCGGGUCAAAGUUAGGCAGAUCCAGUUUGCAACGGUACGGAGCAGUGCCCGUGGAAAGCGCCGACCGAGUUCAACAGCUCUGAUUUUUCCGGCUACUCUGAACUAAUCAACCAGGGGGAUGCGAAACGAGGACGAGCUGAAUAUGUGCAUUGCAGUCCUGCGAAACAGGAUCAACUCGGCUGCUUUUGGAAAAGGACAUUGUUGAAACAACUAUGUUAGCUUAAGACUGCCCAGGAAAUGUCAAAACCCCCGAGGCACACCCGGCGACGGAUCGCAACCGCCAAGCGAAUUCCCGAAAUGGCUUCGGCCCGCAUCACGACGGUGUAUUUCUUGCCCGGCGCUUUUACCCGGAACGUCAAAGUGACAAAGCCGUCGCGUGGCUUUCCGACGCCGUCUCGCACCAAUUCUUUCUAGAGUCACGCUUUGGCGGUUCGCCGUCGUGGGCACGCAGAAAUCGUCAGGAGCUGGAAAAAAGAACUCUUCGGGGAAACUCUGAAGCACUAGACCUUUCUACAGGGUGGUCUAGAAGCCAAGCGCAUAUUUUUCCCUUUACCGGGCAAACAUGCACCGACCGGCUCCCGGCCAAUUCAGGAUCAAUGGACCAGCAAAUGGGUUGAACAACGUCGCUUUUGGAAUCAUUCCGGAUACGGGGAACAUCCACGCCUGUUUCGAACACCAGUGCCCAGGUGGUGCGCGAGAAGUUUUCCCACCCUUUUAAGACAGUUGGAGCGUGGUUAUACAAGUUGGCCCGAACUGGAAAAGCGAAGACAAUCCCUCCUUCAUGUCUGGCGCGACAUGUCAACACAGGGGUAUCGAAUUUGGCCAUCGAAGCUUAUGACGUUCCAAAGGACGCAUUGCCCGUCGCUUCUCACCGUUAACGCUGCAGCACCAGCGGAGCAGUACUGCUGUUUCAGUACACCGUCAUAGCAAAUGUGGUCGCCCGAUUGGUACUACCCGCAGCAAGGACGAUGUCGCAGCGGGGCAAUCUUUGGUAGCAACUCUCUGGGCGUGGAUUUCGGUGCUAGUUGCAUAGCGCUUCAGCAUUCUGCAGCCCAUACGAUUGAGGGAUACGUUUCCGAAGGACUAACGCAUCCCCUCAUCACCGCACAAUUUGUCAUGCGCGGUGUCUUUUGACAAGCUGAAGCGACCGGCCUUCUAGAUCUCUAUCUUUUGAACGCUUCACGGAACUGCUUGCCUAAUCGGGUCGCGUUCUUUGAAGCCUGGCCUCACGCCCAAAAUGACAGUCAGAAUCAUCACGUUCGCCAAGUAGUCGAGUGUGAGCUACUGGACCGAGAGACAGCGGGCCGUUGACUUGUGGCCGAGGAUUUACCCACAAUCCCAAUCCCGACCUCCUUUCCGUCAUGGGCGCCCUCAAACAUCAUAACGAUGUAAUGUUGUGCGAAGUCUGCAGCAUCCGAAUCUCGGCCAGCCGAGUUGUCGCAGUGGACACGUGGACAGGACCAAACUCCCCAUGAGACUAUCCCCCAGAGCCUCGACUCUACAGUCCCGAGUGGUGUGGUUGUUCGGUCCAGAGCGAAGAGUGGGUGUUUUGGAGGCGAUCGGCGAUGGAUUGCCAACACAAGCUUUUACGGAUCUCAAGCGACCGGAGGGCUGUCAGUCAACCUUUUACUGUGGUACCAGCGUGCCUGGCGAUCAAUGACGAUCCGUGACCCAUCGCAGCACACCUUCUGACGUUCGCAGUUGGCCUGCAGUGCCAUUCGCUCAUCGCUAUCGAUAGGGCCUUGGGAACCCGGACCCUAGUUUGUGAGAGGUGCAACGAUCCGCGAUUCGCACGUCCCGUCCGUCCCGUCCGCCGUCAAAACCCUGUUCUGGAAGUUCUUGGCAAGGCUUCCAAGUUUGACAACACCUUUGCUGACUGAGUAGGCCGCACCACAAGCACCCCGCCAAUAACAGCAGUUGGAAUGCGCGAUUUCCUGUUGCUUGGUGCUUGUGCCCCCGCCGCCACUGCAAAAUGCUUCCCAAGAUCCUGCGAUACGCUUCCGCCCAAUGUACUGUGACAUCGAGCGACAUUGGUUUGCUGGUCUAAUCACAUGCAGUCUGAAAACUCUGAAGCCGGGACCCAGACAACUUGCUCUCCAUUACUCCGUACGGUCAGCUAGAUGCAGGCAAGCAGGGCAUCGGUGUAAGAACCUGGGCCGACUUCGCUGGGACGAAUGCUGGGCAGCAAUUACUGACUGGCCACGCCUCCCCAUUCGAAGACACGUCGGAUACAUGCGCCUCUGUGAUCGGUUGGCCCCAAUCCCCAACUGCAGAGCACCCAGGACAACAUCGCUUGGACAUGGCACAGGCUUUCUAUGAGACGUAGCACGUUAUGCCAACCAGCUUUCAUGUUCACUGGCUCAUUCGGGAGUGCUCAGCAGUAUUUACCACUCAUAAUGGGUGAACGCUAGAAGCCAUUUGCCAGGAGGCAAGGGUUGGAUGAAUCGCUAUCCUCGAGGCAAGUGGCAUCCGAACCAUCAUCACCCCACUAUAGCUUGACAGCAGACCCAAUCUUUCCUACCUCUGACAAACAUCAACAACGAGAGGGGAAAACCUUGCCGGCCAGCCGGUGUGGCCAGUCCGCCGGGCCCGCCAGUGCCAGCCAGUCUGAUUGCUGCUGUACAAAACUCUGCUUACGUGCGCGGUCGGUAGUGUUCCACACGACUUGAAUGCCCCGACCGCCGGGCACACCAAGUCAGCGGCUUUGGCUUUGGCGCGGCGUUAGUGUGCUUGCAAACAUUUCCGCGUGUCUGGAUCUUCAGCAGGUUUAGCCGGUCCCUUCUGCCUUUUCGUACCCCUCAGCUGCAUUCAUCGAACCUUUUCGGACGAGAAAAGGAAUCCUGCUACAAGGCGCGAUGCACUCGAACCACUGCGCGCUUGUUUCCAGGCGAGUGUUGAUGAAUCCAGGCCUUGGCGAGAGGAUCCACAUGGGCCCCUGGGAAUCCAUGUCUGUCACGCUGGCUUGUCGAGGAUGGUUGCAACGGCACAUGUGGUCAGGGUGGUGAGAAAUCAAAGUCCGAGGUCCUGUUGGGUUGUCCUACCCUCCACUACAAACCCCGCCAGCCAAACAGCAGUGUUGUUUCCGGCUCAGGCACAUGCAGAGACGUGGGCUUGCCCCUGAGCCGAUCCCACCCAAGAAUCCUCGCCGGCCGGGCCUGUCAGGAACAGACACAUGGUUGGCCCUAUGGUCGCCCAGGUACCCGUCACCGGAAGCGAUACCCAGCCAAUAAGAGCUGAGAAGUACCUGACUGGCGCCCCACCCUCAGCUGGAAGGUCCUAGCGCUUGGCGAAACUCCCUAGCCGAACUUAUUUUUUCUUUUUUUCUUUUCCUUGUUUUUUUUUUACCACAGUCCAGGCCCAGCCGCCCCUGGUACACCCGAAGAAACACGUCAGUAGCCUGUUCCAAUCCCUUUGAUGUGUAAUCUAGGAGUCCCAACGCCGCCAUGUGCCUAUCCUUCUGCACCACCGCGUUCUUGCCCUUGUGCCCAGCCCAGAAGUACAAUACUGAGAAGUACUCAAGUACGCGGCGGGCCACGGGGCUAUCCUUGCUGGGUUUCUUAUUUCUUUUUUGUGGCUGUCUUAUUGAGGACGUCAACUCCCUAUCCCAACCGAGGCUCAUGGCUCAUGCAACAGGAUCGCACGCUUUGCUACUCUGCAUUUGUUUCAAGGACUCGAGGAGAUGACCGCAUGGACGCUAUAGUAUGGCUCAUAAGAACCAUUGCGCGAGCGGCAGACGUCUGCCAAUCUGACCGCACGACGGGCAUUCAGAGAAUGGUAUUGUCCUGGGAGUCAUAGUGUAGUUAUUAGUGGAGGGGGGGUACAUAAUCCCGGUAGCGUGCCUGGACUGCUGGAGUCAGAAAGGGAGGUAAAUCUUGUUUCCUAGUAGCCUUGGCCUUCUCGGCCGUCCACUGACGAGUGUCGCCCCAAGUGGGAAGAGGCCCAAGAGGGUCAAAGGGUGGAAAACAAGGUUGCGGGUACCUGGACCGUUGAAGACAAAGUUGCUGACUGAAGGAUUUGGCGGGUACCGAAUAACACCGAAAACAGCCCCAGCUCAUUGGCCAGCUAGCGCAUCCGAUCUGGUGCCGGCAGAGGAAAUCGUGGCGUGCCCCGUCGGGUCUUGACUCGGCCUGCUUUGGGAUGUCCAGAGACCCACUGCUGUUGUCUGGACCGCCCUUGUCACCAGGUACCCAGGUACCCAGGUACCUAGGACAUGCUUUGCCAGGAUGCCUGGGCGUUUCUCUCACAACGGGAACCCCAUCACACCCUCCAUUUUAAUUUGUUUCCCUCUCAUCAGCAUGGCCAGCGCGUGGGAGACGGGUGGGUAUAAAGGAGCCUGUCCCACGAUUCCCUGUAUUCGCGUUCUUCCCUUCAACUGAUCUUCACAAAUCGGCAAGCCGUUGUGAUUUCACCUUCCUUCUCACAGGACAUACACUCCUUCCAGCCACAGGCUAUUCACUCUUUGCAACGCGCAAACCAACUAGACAAACUGAAGUCCCGGGUGACUUUUGAUUCCGAUCUCCACGAUCAAUCGUUUGCAGAUAUCAGGAAGCCUUCGAAAGGAACUCCACCAAGCACAGCUCUUCUGGAAACUGCUUCGGUCUACUUCUGACAAUAUAUACCUACACAUUUGUACCCUCAGACAUAUCGACACCAGUCAACAUGCAGUACAGCACUCUCGCACUCCUUGCCUCUGCCACCCUGGCGGGUGCCGUCAACCAGAUCACCUUCAUGUCCAUGGACGGUACCGACCGCACCGUCCACUUCACCCCCAACGCUGGCCUCCCCUUGGUUGAGUCUACCGAUAUCCCCGCUGGGCAGAACGUCACUGUCACCAUCCCGGACUCUUGGAUCGGCAACUACUAUGCCGUCGCGUCUGGCGCUGACAACAUCCCUGGUAUGCUUGGCGAGGUGAACUUCAACAGCUGGGGUGGUCUGACCUACUUCGACGUGUCGGCCAUCGUCGACGAGAAUGACCACAAUGGCGUCUACAUGAUGUACCCCGCCGACAGCGAGCAACCCGUGUCCGGCUGCACGAGCUUCCUGUGCGACACACUCUACCGCCUGCCUGACGACAUCCAGACCAAGGCCACUACCAGCACGCACCUGGUCACCACCCUGGGCGCUGGCAACCAGGUCGUGUACAAGGCCGCCCUGGCCACUCGGGAUCUUGACCAGCAGGUCUACCCUCGUGCUGCCGUCACCGACGCCAACUGGACCCCGGCGCGCCUGCACUCGCGUCAGUUCAGGAUCUAAGCUCGGCCAAGUUGAGGGUAUGAGCGAGGCAGGAUGGCGGUGGAGGUGAAACAGCGCGCUCUGGAGGCGCAGCGUUUCCAACGAAGCUACGACCAACUACAACACCUAACAUUCAACCACACACACAGCACAAGACCGGAACCAAGAGUCUUGUGUAUAUAUAGAGAUACCCCGUUCCCUCAGCGCCCGCAAGGCAGGCGGCUACAGGAAGGAGGAGUUUUUGGGCAACAAGGGGUCGCACGCCAGCGACGUGGGCUUUGAUCUUUCCCGGAGGAUGAUAGAAAAGGGGUGACGGUUCUACGAUUGACGAGUAUAGACAAACCACGGACCUGGAGCUGUGUCUAUCUGAACCUGACUGGUGCAGCUCCAGGACAACCGGCACUCGCUUCAACAAGUCUUAGUUAUCACUUCGCUACACUCAUUACCAGGCUCAGAUGAGCACUUGCACCUUAUUCAAACUUUUCGAUACUUGUACAUAUAAAAGCUAGUACGAACCAUUCAAUUUUGGAGUCUUUUGAUGACAUCAAUCCUUCACAUUCGAGACAGAGUGAUCUUAGAGUAGUGAAGUGUGCACCCUAUUCACCGGCCUUGAAUUGGCCCCUGGUUGUUGCUGGGGGGGGGGAUGGAUUUCAUUCGUAAAAGGUGGGGCCCCUCCGGUGAAUUAGACGCAGUCUUCAUCAUCGGGGGGCGUCAGCGCCCCAUCCAACCCGCUGCGGUGAACCCGCACGCGUCAUUGGCCCCGUGUGGCUGACGCUGUCCUUCAUCACCGAAGCGGAGGAUGAAGGGGGCCCCAUGUGCCACACAGCACUGUGUAAACUCAAAUGACAGCCGAGGCGAGCUGAACAGUGAGCAAGCACCCUGAAGUCAGCAACCUGUUCCUUUUUCCAGCCGUCUCUUGCUUGUUGCGAGCGUGCUAAUAAAUGUUGCUUUUGUCUCCUUUCUUUUUUUCCCGUCCGUGUUGAAGAAUUUGUCUCAGCCGCAUGCACGCACUAGCUAUUUCUGCCCACUGAUGAAGAAAAAGGGCAGCUUUAUUUCUG